CCGGAACUAGCCGGGACGCCUUUGGGAAGGCCGCGGCGCUUGGCCAGGAGUGGGAACCCGGACCGUGAGUGCUGUCCGCCGGGGUCAGGUUGCAGAUAGAGGGCCGUCCUUGUGCCCUGGGGUCGCAGACCAGGUGCGCCGUCGGUGCCACAUUUCCCGGCCUGUGGGCUGUGCUGGGGGCCCGGCUGGACCAUGGCUCCCCCGCGGAAUGUGGUGAAGAUCGCCGUCCAGAUGCGUGAGGCCAUCCCGCAGCUCAUCCAGCUGGAUCAGGCAAAGCCCCUGAGCACUGUGCUGAAGGAGCUGUGCGACGCGUGGAGCCUGACUCACUCUGAGCGCUAUGCCCUGCAGUUUGCCGAUGGGCACAGGAAGUACAUCACCGAGACUAACCGUACGGAGAUCAAGAACGGCAGCAUCCUGUGUCUCAGCACUGCCCCAGACCUUGAGGCGGAGCGGCUACUGGGGGCACUGCAGGGUGGGAGCCGUGAGGGGCGCCGGGAUGCACUGAGGCACCUCGUCUUGCUAGCCUCUGACUUGACCUUUGCCCGCGAGGUCAUCAAUCAGGACGGUCUUCAGAGACUUGGCAGCAUCAUUGAGGAUGGGGACGACCUCGGGGAGGUGCUGGCCCUUGGACUGAGGGCAUUCUUGGAGCUCAUGGAGCAUGGCGUGGUGUCCUGGGAGACACUCAGCAUCCCCUUUGUCAGGAAGGUGGUAAGCUACGUGAACAUGAACCUGAUGGAUGCCUCAGUGCAGCCCCUGGCCCUUAGGUUGCUGGAGAGUGUGACUUUGAGCAGCCCUGCCCUGGGCCAGCUGGUCAAGAGUGAGGUGCCACUGGAUCGACUGCUGGUACACCUGCAGGUGAUGAACCAGCAGCUGCAAACCAAAGCCAUGGCAUUGCUGACAGCCUUGCUGCAGGGGGCCAACCCUUCAGAACGGAAGCACAUGCUAGACUACCUGUGGCAGAGGAACUUCCGCCAGUUCAUCUACAAGAACAUCAUUCACAGUGCAGCCCCACUAGGAGACGAGAUGGCGCAUCACCUGUAUGUACUUCAGGCCCUCACACUGGGGCUGCUGGAGGCGCGCAUGCGCACGCCGCUUGACCCCUACAGCCAGGAGCAGCGGGAGCAGCUGCAGGCCCUGCGCCAGGCUGCCUUUGAGCCGGAGGGGGAGUCCCUGAGUGCUGAUCGUCGCCGUUCCCUUUGUGCCCGAGAGUUCCGCAAGUUGGGCUUCACUAAUAGCAACCCAGCCCAGGAUUUGGAGCGCGUGCCCCCAGGUCUGUUGGCCUUGGACAACAUGCUCUACUUCUCCAGACAGGCACCCAGUGCAUACAGCCGGUUUGUGUUGGAGAACAGCAGCCGUGAGGAUAGACAUGAGUGUCCCUUCGCCCGGAGCAGCAUCCAGCUGACAGUGCUGCUGUGUGAGCUGCUGCAUGUUGGGGAGCCCUGCUCCGAGACGGCCCAGGACUUCUGGCCCAUGUUCUUCAGCCAGGACCACAGCUUCCAUGAGCUCUACUGCGUGGCCAUCCAACUGCUGAAUAAGACCUGGAAGGAGAUGCGGGCUACACAGGAGGACUUUGACAAGGUCAUGCAGGUGGUGCGGGAGCAGCUGGCCCGUACACUGGCCCUGAAACCGACCUCCCUGGAGCUCUUCCGAACGAAGGUGAACGCACUCACAUACGGGGAGGUGCUGCGGCUGCGGCAGACUGAACGGCUGCAUCAGGAGGGCACUCUGGCCCCUCCCAUACUGGAGCUGAGGGAGAAGCUGAAGCCGGAGCUCAUGGGCCUGAUUCGCCAGCAGCGUUUGCUCCGCCUCUGUGAGGGGACACUUUUUCGCAAGAUCAGCAAUCGGCGGCGCCAGGACAAGCUGUGGUUCUGCUGCCUCUCCCCUAACCACAAGGUGCUGCAGUACGGGGACGUGGAGGAGGGUACAGCGCCACCCCCUACAGAGAGCCUGUCUGAGCAACUCCCUGUGGCUGACAUCAGGGGACUCCUGACAGGCAGGGACUGUCCCCAUAUCCGGGAGAAGGGCUCUGGGAAGCAGAACAAGGACCUCUAUGAGUUGGCUUUCUCCAUCAGCUAUGACCGUGGGGAGGAGGAGGCGUACCUCAACUUCAUUGCACCCUCUAAACGGGAGUUCCACCUGUGGAUAGAUGGGCUGAGUGCCCUUCUGGGCAGCCCCAUGGGCAGUGAGCAGACACGGCUGGACCUGGAGCAGCUGCUGACCAUGGAGACCAAGCUACGCUUGUUGGAACUCGAGAACGUGCCUAUCCCAGAGCAGCCACCCCCUAUACCCCCACCGCCCACCAACUUCAACUUCUGUUAUGACUGCAGCAUUGCUGAACCUUGACACUGAGGUUGGCUAAGGGCUACAGUUGCCACCACUGUGGUAGGCAUGAAAGGUGGAGGGAGAGAAAUAUAAGCACUGACCAGCAGAACCUGCAGCAGAAAUAAAGUUGGCUUGGCUCUUGGGUAUGCAUGGAGCCAGCUCUGAACCCUGUGAGCUCAGCCUGUGACAGCAACAGUCUGCCCCUUUCGCCAUCAGAUAUAGCUGGUGAAUGAGGCAGGAAUCAGGCCAAGACAGCAAACUUGGGCAACAAUUGUUGGGGUAGGUGUUCUGGGGGACCUGUUCCCCUUUCAAGGGGAAACCUCGGCCUCCCCAAGUGCCUACCAAGAGAGGCAUGGCCUACAGUCAAGUGAGAGGUUGGGGCUGCUGCCUGUGGAAGAAGUGGCAGAGACACAUAGCACUAAAUGGAUGCUUCUCUGGGCAGCAUUUCAGAGGCCCAGUCUAUCAGCAAUGCUUCCAGAAAGCUCCUGGUGGUCUGACCUCAGACCCCAACUCGACUUAGCCCUGACAUAUCCUUUGUGGGACACGCAGGCCUCUCUGGUGAGAAGCAAGAAAGGAGAGAAGUGAAGGGCAGGCUAUAUUUUCCCCCAGAGUCCCCCAGGCUGCUGAUUCUGACCACAGCAAAUUCUGUGUAGUCCUACAUUCUGAUGAGACCCUAACCUGGAAAUACAGGGAGAGGGGGGCCACAGCCAGACAGUUGCCUGAGGACCAAUGCAACAGGUGUUGGGCCCAGCUGCAGGACAGGCUCAGGAGGACAUGUAGAAAGCAUCUCUCCCUUCUGUCUUUUGCAUGCCACUUUCUUGCUGUGCUGGUGCCUCUGCAAAUACUGCUUUAACUGUGGAUGGGUCAUCAUGUUACCCUGAAAACACAACAUGACACCUUCUCUGGUGAGGUCAUACUUUUGGAAUCCUUGGGCCUCCAGCAUCCUGUGGGUCCACACCUGGGCUCUGAGGCUCCCCACCCCACUCUGAAUGGCCUGCCCUUGAAUUCAGGGUGGGGGGGGCAGGGAUCCCAGAUGUGGUUAGGCUGCCAUUGGUACCAAUUCCUCCUGGGUGUGCUCAGUUUGUGUCCACACCCCAUCAUCAUGGCAACAACCUGCCAGUUACCACCUUCCAGGGCUGCUUUUCCAGUCCUCCCAGGACCAGCUACUCCAAUUGCUUUCACAAACAAAUCUGAUCUGAUUAUAUACACACACCCUAUAUUCUUCAAUGUCUCCCUUUUACCCCUAAGUUAACAGUCAUGGUUAUAGGAGUCCAGCUGGGUAGGCUCCAGAUGUGGGCUUUGAACCACAAAUGGGUGCUCAUGGCUUGCAAGGGGAAAGCUGGCAUCUUCCCUGCACGCCAUCUGGGUCUACAAUCCCCUCAGCUCUAACUCUAGCUCCAGCCUGAUCAUGUGCACCCAACAGGGUCCCCUCUGUCUGGACUGCCCACUUUCCUCCCUUCUGUCCAUUCCUCUCCACUUUGUUCCUUCUUUAUCUCUCGGGCCAAGUCCAUUUUUCUUCCCUGCACACUGAAUUUGCCCUGCCUGUUGACUUGUUUGCCUACCUGGCUGGUUUAGG